CGCUGCUUCCUCCCUCUGCUCACUCGCCUGGCUGACCGGGGGAAGAGGUAGCGGCUCGGGAGCAAUGGCCCGGGGAAGUUUGUCGCUCCUCCUGCUCCUCAGCGCGCUGGCCGGCCGGGGCAGCAGCCAAACUCCGCCGGAGCCUAGAGGCUUGUUUCCAGCAGUUCUAAACUUGGCUGUCAAUGCUAUCAUCACAACCAAUGCUACCUGUGGGGAAAACGGUGCUGAAAUGUAUUGCAAACUGGCUGAACAUGUACCUGGACAACCAACAAGAAAUCCCCAAUGUAGUAUUUGUGAUCAGAAAAGCAGGAUUCCACAUCAACGCCACCCAAUAACUAAUGCAAUUGAUGGGAAGAACACUUGGUGGCAGAGUCCCAGUAUCCAGAAUGGAAUAGAAUAUCAUCAUGUUACAAUUACACUGGACCUUCGACAGGUAUUCCAGAUUGCAUAUGUUAUUGUAAAAGCAGCUAAUGCACCUCGUCCUGGGAACUGGAUUUUGGAGCGUUCACUGGAUGGUGUUAACUAUGAGCCAUGGCAGUAUCAUGCUAUAACAGACACAGAAUGUCUGACACGUUACAAAAUUCAUCCCCGCACAGGACCUCCAUCCUAUGCAAAAGAUAAUGAAGUUAUAUGUACUUCGUUUUACUCCAAGAUUCACCCACUGGAGAAUGGAGAGAUUCAUACGUCACUGAUCAAUGGACGCCCAAGUGCUGAUGAUCCUUCCCGAGAACUGCUGGAAUUCACUUCAGCUCGCUUUAUUCGACUGAGAUUUCAGAGGAUACGUACACUGAAUGCUGAUUUAAUGAGGUUUGCACACAAAGAUCCCAAUGAAAUUGACCACAUAGUUACAAGGAGGUAUUACUAUUCUAUAAAAGAUAUAUCUGUUGGAGGCAUGUGUAUCUGUUCUGGCCAUGCAAGAGCUUGUCCUUUGGAUCCAGCAACUAACAGAUCUACUUGUGAAUGUGAGCACAACACAUGUGGGGAAAGUUGUGAUCAUUGCUGUCCUGGAUUUCAUCAAAAGCCCUGGCGAGCUGGGACAUUCCUGGUCAAGUCUGAGUGUGAAGAAUGCAAUUGUCAUGGGAAGACUAAGGAAUGUUAUUAUGAUCAGAAUGUUGCAGACAGAAAUCAAAGUUUGAAUAUCCACGGAGAAUACAAUGGGGGUGGAGUGUGUAUUAAUUGUACACAUAACACUGCAGGCAUAAACUGUGAGACCUGCACUGAUGGCUACUUCAGGCCAAAAGGGGUGUUACCAGAUGACCCUAAUCCAUGUCGACCAUGUUCCUGUGAUCCAGUUGGGUCUUUACAUGCUACUUGUGUCAAGGAUGAGAAACAUGCUGGAAGAGGCAUGCUCCCUGGAUUCUGCCACUGCAGGACUGGCUAUGCAGGUCAAAGCUGCAAUUGGUGUGCAUUGGGUUACAAGGGUUAUCCUAACUGCAUGGCCUGCAACUGCUCUGCGAAAGGCAGCUUGAAUGAUGAUCCUUGUAUAGGUACCUGCAUUUGCAAGGAAAAUGUUGAAGGAGAAAACUGUGAUAAUUGCAAACCAAGUUUCUUCAACCUGCAUCAAGAUAAUCACAGAGGCUGUGAGGAGUGUUUUUGUUCAGGGACAACAAACAUCUGUACAGCUUCUCACUGGACCUAUAGUAAGAUACAAGACAUGAGUGGAUGGUAUCUGACUGACAUACCUGGUCACCUUCGAGUUACACCUCAACAGGAUAGAUUACCUCAGCGGCUUAGCAUCAGUAAUGUGGCUGCCAGAAGAGUGCUGCCACCAAUAUAUUACUGGAGUGCACCCAGUCCUUAUUUGGGCAACAAAAUAACAGCUGCUGGAGGGCAUCUGAAAUUUACCAUCUCCUAUGACCUCACAGAGCAGGAAGAAGCUGUUCAAACAAUAUUGCAUUCUGAUAUCAUCAUAGAGGGAGCUGGCUUAAGAAUCAGCACUUCAGAAGAGGGCAUUCACCUGCAUCCAUUUGAAGAACACACUGGAGAGGUUGUGCUGAAACCAGACAAAUUUACUAAACAUGGCACUGACUCUCUAGUCAGCAAAAGGGAAUUCAUGACUGCGCUGGCAAAUAUAAAAAGGCUUCUCAUAAGAGCCACAUACAGCAAUGGGAUGGAUGCCAUCUACAGGUUGAGUGGAGUUAGCCUUGAAGUUGCUGAUCGUUAUUCAACUGGCAGAGAUUUGGCGUCGGCUGUGGAGGUUUGUCAGUGUCCUCCAGGGUACAGUGGUACCUCCUGUGAGAAGAAAGAUCAAGUUAAUACUGCCUCUAAUCUCACACCUACCAAUAAAGCUAAGUCUUGUUGGCCUAGACACAGACGAGUGAAUGGCACUAUUUUCGGUGGGAUCUGUGAACCAUGCACAUGUUUUGGUCAUGCGGAGUUCUGCGAUGACAUCACAGGAGAAUGCAUAGACUGCAAGUACAAUACAGGUGGCCCAUACUGUGAUAGAUGUCUUCCUGGUUUCUAUGGUGAUCCUACUAAAGGCACAAGUGAAGACUGCAAGAUAUGUGCUUGUCCAUUAACCAUCCCUUCUAAUAACUUUAGCCCAACAUGUCAUUUAGACCGAAGUCAUGGAUUAACAUGCGAUGAGUGCCCACCUGAGUACGCAGGACCACGUUGUGAGAGGUGUGCAGAUGGCUAUUUUGGACAACCUUUAAUACCAGGAGGAUCAUGCCGGCCCUGCCAGUGUAAUGACAACCUUGACUUCUCUGUUCCUGGCAGCUGUGACAGCUUAUCUGGAGCUUGCCUGAUAUGUAAACCUGGUAUAACAGGCCAAUACUGUGAAAUGUGUGCUGAUGGAUAUUUUGGAAAUGCUCUUGAUCCAAAGAAUUGUCAAUCAUGUCACUGCAACAUCAAUGGCUCAUUCUCAGAGAUCUGCAACUCUCAGACAGGGCAGUGUGACUGCAAGCCCAAUGUUGUGGGGCGUCGCUGUGAUGAAUGUAAGAGCAACUAUUUUUGGGCCCCAGAAAGGCAAUUCUGUGUACCCUGUGGCUGCAGUCCUUUAAGAUCCAUGUCCCUACGCUGUGAUAUGUCAGGAAGAUGCAUCUGCAAAUCAGGAUUCAUGGGUAAACACUGUGAACUCAGGAGACAGGUGCAUAAACGGAAAGAAAACCCACGGGCCACUCAGCAAAUCCAAGUCCCUUCUCAGAGAUGGGGCUUCACCGGUACCAGCGGGUGCCCUCGGGGUGCUUACAGGCCUGUCGCUUUGCCUGGAACAUUUGGUCUACAGUCAUCUGGAGGAUGCAUUCCCUGUAACUGCAAUUCUUUUGGUUCCAAAUCCUUCGACUGUGAUGAGAAUGGACAGUGCCACUGCCAGCCUGGUGUAGCAGGAAAGAAAUGUGAUCGCUGUGCGCAUGGGUUUUACAACUUCGAGGAAGGAGGAUGCACUCCUUGUGAGUGUUCCCAUCUUGGUAAUAAUUGUGAUCCAGACACCGGCCGCUGCGUAUGCCCUCCCAAUACCAUAGGAGAGAAAUGUGAUAAAUGUGCACCAAAUUACUGGGGUCAUGACCUUGUCAGAGGAUGCAAGGCCUGUGACUGCAGUCCACUUGGAUCCCUCAGUUUCCAGUGUAACUUAGAUACAGGCUGCUGCUCCUGCCAACCUGAAUUCUCUGGGGACAAAUGCACGCAGUGCAGACCAGGCCAUUGGAAAUACCCAAAGUGCAUUCCCUGUGACUGCUUUCUGGCAGGGACGGAUCCUCAGACGUGUGAUGCAGAGACAGAAAAAUGUUCAUGUGCUGAUCGUACAGGUCAAUGUAGCUGCAAGGUUAACGUGGAAGGUGUCCGCUGUGACAGGUGCAGGUCUGGAAUGUUUGGACUCUAUGCCAAAAACCCACUUGGCUGCAACAGCUGCUAUUGCUUUGUCCUGACUACUCAGUGCAGUGAGGCAAAGGGGCUGAUCCGCAUGUGGGUGACCUUGAAGCCAGAACAGGUGGUUCUGCCACUGGUAGAUGAAAACCUUCAGGACAGUACUACCAGAGGGGUUGUAUUCCAACAUCCAGAGAUAGUAGCUGACAUUGAACUGGUGAUGCAAGAUAUCCAUUCAGGACCUAUUUACUGGAAACUUCCAGAGCAGUUUGAAGGACGAAAGCUGACUGCUUAUGGAGGGAAACUGAAAUAUGCUAUCUACUUUGAAGCACGCGAGGAGACAGGUUUUGCCACCUAUAAUCCCCAGGUCAUUAUCAGAGGUGGGCCUCCAAAACAUACAAGGAUUAUAAUCCGGCAUAUGGCUGCCCCUUUGAUUGGCCAGCUGACGAGGCAUGAGAUAGAGAUGACGGAGCAUGAAUGGAGAUACCAUGGUGAUGGUCCAAGAACCAGUAGUUCUGUGACACAUGAGGACUUCAUGGAUGUGCUAUACAACAUUCAUUACAUUCUUAUUAAGGCUUCCCAUGGCAGCAUCAUGAGACAAAGCAGAAUUUCUGAGAUCUCAAUGGAAGUUGCUGAAGAAAGCAAUGUGUUUGGAAUGAGUCCUCAUGUUCACUUGAUUGAGAAAUGUGACUGCCCACCAGGUUAUUCUGGCUUGUCAUGUGAGGCAUGUUCUCCCGGAUUUUAUAGACUGCCUCCUGUAUCAACUGUCAGGAGUCUUGGACCAACCCUAGGCAUUUGCGCUGCAUGUCAAUGUCAUGGACAUAGUAAUGUGUGUGAUCCUGAAACCUCUAUAUGUCAGAACUGCAGGCACAACACAGCUGGUGAACAUUGUGAGAGGUGCGCGGUCGGCUUCUACGGGAACGUCCAAGGAUCUCCAGAGGACUGCCAUCCUUGUGCUUGUCCUCUAACCAUUGCCACCAAUAACUUUAGCCCUUCUUGUGUUGCGGAAGGUCUCACUGAUUACCGGUGUACCACUUGCCCACCUGGAUAUGAAGGCCAGUACUGUGAAAGAUGUUCCCCUGGCUACACCGGUGAUCCAAGAACUCCAGGACGGUCCUGCAAGGAAUGUGAGUGUGAUCCAUAUGGCUCACUGCCUAUCCCCUGUGACUCAGUCACUGGACAAUGUACUUGCAAACCUGGAUCCACAGGGUGGACUUGUGCAGGCUGCGAGCACCGGCAUGUGCGUGAUGGCAUGGAGUGCAUUUCCUGUGAUGAUGAAUGCACAGGGCUCCUUCUAAGUGACCUGGAUCAGCUAAACCAGAUGAUUCUGAGCGUCAACCUCAGUGGCCGACUGCCUCCUCCAUAUAAGAUCCUGUAUGGUUUUGAAAACACGACACAGGAAUUAAAGCAUUUGCUAUCACCUCAGCGAGCACCAAAGAGACUCCUUCAGCUGGCACAAAAAAAUCUGGAUACCCUUGUGACAGAGAUGGAUGAGCUACUGACAAGGGCGACCAAGGUGUCAGCAGACGGGGAACAAACUGGGCAGGAUGCUGAGAGGACUAAUGAGAGAGCGAAGUCUCUUGGACAGUUCAUCAAGGACACACUGCAGGCUGCAGAAGCUGUAAAUGAAAAAGCUGUAAAACUGAAUGAGACACUCAGAAUCCAAGACAAGACCCUGGAGAAAAGUCUUGAAGCUCUGCAGAAUGAUAUUGACAGAAUGAUGGGAGAACUGAGGAGAAGAAAGUUGAAUGUGCAAGAAAAGGCAGCCCAAGAUGAGUUAGAAAGUGCUGAAGCCCUUUUGAACAAAGUGAAGAAAUUAUUUGGAGAUCCCACCAAGAAAAACGAGGAGCUGAAGAAUGAGGUCAGGGAUAAAAUGACAGAUUACAAAAACAAGGCUGAUGAUGCUCGAGAUCUGCUGAGAGAAGCCAGCAGUAAAAUUAGGGAAGCCAAUCGCUUAUCUGCAAUCAACCAAAGAAACAUGACAGUGAUAGAGAAAAGGAAGCAAGCUGUAGAAAGUAACAGACAAGAGAUGGAAAAAAUUCUGAAAGAAGGGAAUGACAUCUUGGAUGAAGCCAGCCAUCUUGCAAAUGAAAUCAAUUUAGCUGUAGAGUAUGUAGAAGAUACGGGGGAUCGGAUACAACCAAUUGCUGAUCAGCUGAAGGAUAAAAUAGAUGAUCUAUCUCAAGAUAUUCAGGAUAGGAUGCUUCCAGAAAAGGUGUUGCAGGCUGAAAACCAUGCAUCCCAACUGAAUGAAUCAUCUGCAAUACUGGAUGGAAUCCUUGCUGAAGCUAAAAACCUCUCAUUCAAUGCUACUGUAGCUUUCAAGGCCUAUAGCAAUAUCAAGGACUAUAUUGAUGAAGCAGAGAGAGUCGCCAGGGAGGCCAAGGCCCGUGCAAAUGAAGCUCUGCAGCUGGCAUCUGGUCCUCAAGGAUCAUUGAAGGAUGGUGCCAAGAACUCUCUUCAGAAAAGCUUUAGGGUUCUGAAUGAGGCCAAGAAGAUAGAAAGUGUUGUUAAAGAAAAUGGGGAUAACUUGAACAGUAUGCAGAACAGGUUGAAAAAUGCUGAUGAAAAGAAUUUGGCUCUCCUGAGAGCUUUGAACGACACCUUUGAAAAGCUGUCAGCCAUUCCCAAUGACACAGCUGCAAAGAUACAAGCAGCUAAAGAUAAAGCUGGACAAGCUAACACCACUGCAAAUGAUAUACUAGCUAGGAUUAAAGAACUCAACCAGAAUCUCCUUGGCUUAAGAAACAACUACAGCCAACUCGCAGAUGAUGUGGCAAAAACAAAUGCUGUUGUCAAAGAUUCCACCAAGAACAUUUCUGAUGCAGAUGCCACUGUUACAACCCUACAAAAGGAAGCAGAUCGGCUCCUGGAUAAACUCAAACCAAUCAGAGAACUUCAGGAUAAUUUGGGAAAAAACAUCUCUCAGAUAAAAGAGUUGAUAAACCAAGCCCGGAAACAGGCCAAUUCUAUCAAAGUCUCUGUGUCUUCUGGAGGUGACUGCAUUCGCACAUACAGACCGGAAAUAAAGAAAGGAAGCUACAACACUGUCAUUGUCAAUGUGAAGACGGCAGUAGCCGACAACCUUCUUUUUUAUCUUGGAAGUGCCAAAUUUACUGACUUCUUGGCCAUAGAGAUGCGUAAAGGCAAGGUAAACUUCUUGUGGGAUGUGGGAUCUGGUGUUGGACGCGUUGAGUAUCCAGAUCUGACCAUUGAUGAUGCAUCUUGGUACCGGAUUGAAGCCUCUAGGACUGGAAGAAACGGCACAAUUUCAGUACGAGCUCUUGAUGGUCCCAAAGCUACCAUUGUGCCGAGUACCUUCAGCGCAGUCUCUCCACCUGGUUAUACUAUUCUGGAUGUAGAUGUAAAUGCCGUGCUGUUUGUUGGUGGUCUAACUGAUAAAAUUAAGAAAUCUGAUGCUGUAAGAGUCACUACCUUCACUGGCUGCAUGGGAGAAACUUACUUGGACAGCAAACCCAUAGGACUGUGGAAUUUCAGAGACACAGAAGGUGACUGCAAAGGAUGUACUGUCAGCCCACAGGUGGCAGACAGUGAGGGAACUGUUCAGUUUGACGGAGAUGGUUAUGCGUUGGUGAGCCGCCCAGUCCGCUGGAACCCCAAUAUUUCUACUGUGAUGUUCAAGUUCAAGACCUUCUCUUCCAGUGCUCUGCUGAUGUAUCUUGCUACAGAUGACUUGAAAGAUUUCAUGAGCAUAGAGCUCACCGAUGGGCAUAUAAAAGUCAGCUAUGAUCUGGGUUCAGGUACAACUUCUGUAAUUGGCAACCAAAACUAUAACGAUGGGAAAUGGAAAUCAUUCACCCUGUCAAGAAUUCAGAAACAAGCCAAUGUAUCAGUUGUAGACAUAGAUACCAAUCAGGAAGAGAUCAUAACAACAACUUCUACAGGAAGCCAUUUUGGUCUCAACUUGAAAGCUGAUGAGAAAAUAUAUUUUGGUGGAUUGCCAAUUCUCAGAAACCUGAGUAUGAAAGCAAGGCCAGAAGUGAGCUUAAAGAAAUAUGCAGGCUGCCUCAAAGAUAUUGAAAUUUCACGAACACCAUAUAAUAUACUAAGCAGCCCCGAUUUUGUUGGCAUAACCAAAGGAUGCACAUUGGAGAAUCUUUACACAGUUAGCUUCCCCAAACCAGGUUUUGUGGAACUGCAACCAGUCUCAUUUGACAUGGGUACAGAAAUCAACUUAUCCUUCAGCACCAAGAAUGAAUCUGGAGUCAUCUUAUUUGGCACAGGUGGGACACCUAUUCCUCCGAGGAGAAAACGCAGACAGACUGGACAGGCCUAUUAUGCAGUGUUCCUGAACAAAGGUCGACUAGAAGUGCAUAUCUCCACUGGAAUACGAGAUCCACGCAGGAUCACAAUCAAGCCUGAAUCUGGAGAUUUUCAUGAUGGUAGAGCACACUCCAUCCGGAUAGAAAGAAUCAAAGGGAUGUUUACUGUUCAAGUAGAUGAAGACAGAAGACAGACUCAGAGGCUAUCUACUGAUCAGUCGAUCACUGUUAAAAAGCUCUUUGUGGGAGGGACCCCAUCUCACUUUCAGGCUUCACCUAUCAGGAACAUACCCCCUUUUGAGGGUUGCAUAUGGAAUCUUGUCUUCAAUGCCAUCCCCAUGGACUUCGCUCAGCCUGUGUCCUUCAAAAAUGCAGAUAUAGGCCAGUGUUCCACUUUAGAACCUGAGGCCAGACUUCCUGAAGGAGAAGAUGAAAAUGAAGCUACUCAGGCUUCUGUCUUGAUCCAACCUGAACCUGAUGCUAAAGAGGAGAAAGAGAGCACAACUACUACCCCCAGGUUUCCUUCCUCUCCUCCUCCACUAUCAUCACCUUCACCUCCUGCCCACGAUUUUUGUGCUGCUGAUACAAAGCCAGCUAUUUUGGAGGGUGGCAAGCAAUUUGGUCUUUCAAGGAACAGCCAUAUUGCAGCUGCAUUUGAUGACACCAAAGUGAAGAAUAGGCUCACAAUUGAAUUUGAAGUCCGAACAGAGGCUGAAUCUGGCUUGCUUUUUUAUAUGGCCCGGAUCAACCAUGCUGAUUUUGCCACUGUUCAGAUAAAGAAUGGAUUGCCGUACUUCCGCUACGACCUAGGAAGUGGGGACACCAAUACAAUGAUUCCAAACAAAAUCAAUGAUGGCCAGUGGCACAAGGUUAAAAUAUUUCGAACCAAGCAAGAAGGAAUCCUUUUAGUAGAUGGUGUUUCAAACCGGACCACCAGCCCCAAGAAGGCUGAUAUCUUGGAUGUUGUGGGAAUGCUGUAUGUCGGAGGAUUGCCCAUUAACUAUACAACGCGACGAAUUGGUCCAAUAACCUACAGCAUUGAUGGUUGCAUCAGAAAUUUUAAGAUGACAGAGGCUUCUGUUGACCUAGAUAAUCCAACCUCAAGCUUCAAUGUUGGCAAAUGCUUUAUGAGUGCAGAAAAAGGAACAUUUUUUGAUGGAACAGGCUUUGCCAAAACAGUUGGAACAUAUAAAGUGGGAACAGAUCUACUAGUGGAGUUUGAAUUUCGCACUACUCGAAUGAAUGGUGUUCUGCUGGGAAUCAGUAGCCAAAAAAUGGAUGGACUUGGCAUCGAACUGGUAGAUGAAAAACUGAUGUUCCAUGUGGAUAAUGGUGCAGGAAAAUUCUCUGCCAUUUAUGAACCUGACAAACCAGGCAACUUGUGUGAUGGUCACUGGCACAAGGUUACUGCACAGAAGAUCAAGCACCGAUUAGAAUUGACUGUGGAUGGGAAUCAGGUGGAUGGGAGCAGCCCAAAUGGGGUAUCCAGCUCCACUGACACUAAUGAUCCUGUCUUUGUUGGAGGAUAUCCUGAUGGUCUGAACCAGUUUGGCCUGACCACAAAUACCCGUUUUAAAGGAUGUAUUCGCUCUCUGAAGCUCACCAAAGGCACUGCUAAACCGCAGGAGAUUAACUUCAGCAAGGCCUUGGAGCUGAAGGGAGUUCAGCCGCUAUCAUGCCCUACAAACUAACAUGAGAUCAUUCAACUUUGAUAUGUAUCUGGUUGUUUUAAGUGCUGCAGCAUUUUUUAAAUAAACAUUAUAUACAAUGGAUUUAUAAUAAAAUGUCUUUAUGCAAGAAUUUUGAGUUCUGUCUGGGAUGUAUUUAAAUGGUUUUAUUUCAAGGAAGCUCCCAAAGGAAGAUUAAAUUAGUAAUCAUUUGUUUCUUCUUACUUUAAAUGAGUAAAUAAAUAAAUAACUCAUGUGUGCUGUUUUUUGGUGGUUUGAAAUGGAAUUGCUCACCAUUGUUUUCUUGAGUGGGUCUGAAUACUGUGGGAAAACGUGUUUCUGUGUGUAUGUACUUUAUAUAAAACAGUGUGUUAACUUAUUUCAAAAAUCAAUUUUGUUUUGGAUGCUCCCAAUUUAAAAAAAAAUGCUUUCAACAGAAAAUUCUGCUUUGGAUUAAUGGGAUGAUUCCAUUCCUGGCGUGGUUGAGUGCAAUACUAGGUACCUAUUUAGUUUGUGUGAUAUUACUAAGACUAUAUUGGACUUAAAUCCUUUAAUUCAGCAUUAAAACAGUUUAGGAAUGUAAUGUGUGUUUUCUGUUUGGAGACAAGAAGUAGGAGCAAAUUGACAUGGGGAAUUAGUGUAUUAGCAUUUCACACCUGAAGACCAAGAUUUAAACAGGCCACUAGUGAAAUGUUUAAUGGCCAUAUCUAGUAUACAUCCUACUGAUACCAUAGAGAGCUAUGUUGAUGAGAC